UUUUGACAGGAAUGAGUACUGGACUGAACGAUCAACCUUGAUCAAACUUUCUCACCCAGAACUCGUCUGAUUUAUUACACUCAUGCUUUGAUAAGUGCGGAAUCGAAAUGGCCUCUCGAGCACUGUAUUCGCCUAGGCAUCCGAUGCUGAAGAAGCGGGAUGAUUUUGAAGACAUUCUGGAGGAAAGACGACGUUCCAGUGAUCUGAGAUACGCACUGAGAUGCUACACUCCCACACUUUACAAAGGACUAGUGCCCUGCAAAGCCAGUAUGCUGAAAAACAUUGUUCUGCAGUCUGACCACCUGCAGUAUGUCAUUAAACAGGUUUCAUUAGAAUCAGGAGACAGCACCGAGUGUGUUGCGGAGGAAGCGUCUCUGAUUCUGGAUGAGAUGGCUCACCGCCUGCAGCUCAGCACCGUUCGCUUCUUUGCCUUUACGCUCAGCAAAGCCUUCAAGAGACUCUUCCGCAGCGUGUGUGUCAAUGAGGAGGGCAUCCAGAGACUCCAGCAGGCUGUACAGGAACACCCGGUGGUUCUCCUGCCCAGUCACCGCAGUUAUAUGGACUUCCUGAUGAUGUCAUACUUACUCUACAUGUACGACCUUCCCCUGCCUGUGAUUGCAGCUGGAAUGGAUUUUAUGAGCAUGAAGUUUAUUGGUGAGAUGCUGCGUAUGUCAGGGGCUUUUUUCAUCCGUCGGUCGUUUGGAGGUGAUAAACUUUACUGGGCUGUGUUCUCUGAGUAUGUGAAAACCAUGCUGAGGAAUGGAUAUGCCCCCAUUGAGUUCUUCUUGGAAGGAACUAGAAGCAGGACGUGCAAAUCUCUCACACCAAAGACGGGGUUGUUGAAUAUUGUGAUGGAGCCGUUUUUUAAAGGAGAGCUAUUUGAUGUGAACCUGGUUCCUGUCAGCAUCAGCUAUGAGAGAAUUCUGGAAGAGACUCUGUACGCCCGUGAGCUGCUCGGCGUCCCGAAGCCCAAAGAAUCAACCUCAGGUCUGUUGAAGGCCCGGCGGGUCUUGAGCGAGGACUAUGGCAGUAUGCAUGUAUACUUUGGUCAUCCUGUAUCUGUUCGCAGUCUGGCAGAGGGAAAAAUAAACCGUGCUCAGUACAACCUGCUGCCCCGGUACAUUCCUCAGAAACCCAGAAUAGACACUCAUGAGUUUCUGAAUGACGUUGCGUUCCGUCUGGUGCGCAUCCAGGAGGAGAACAUGGUUCUGAAGCCCUGGGUUCUCAUUGCCACACUGCUGCUACAGAACCCUGAUGGCCUUGACCUCUCCUCUCUCACAGAGCAGACAGACUGGCUUAGACACCUGGCAUUGGCAUUUGGAGCAUUCUUAGACUGGCCAGAUCAUGAGGCCUGCAGUGAAGUCAUCAGCUGUAGUUUAGCUCUGCACAGACACCUGUUGAGUGUUUCUGCAGGCCACGUUCAGCUUAGCGUCACGGAUGCACCGCAGGUCGAGGCGACACCAGAAGAAGCCGUGUUUCACCGAGCGGUCAUUGUGCUCUCUUGCGCCUCCUAUAGGAACCAGAUCCUACACGUGUUUCUGAGACCUGCUCUGUUAGCGGUGGCCAUGCAAAGCGCAAGCUCCAAUAGAAAAGAUGACAUCUACAAUUGUUUCAACUUUCUGAGGAACAUGUUCUCCAAUGAAUUCAUUCUUUGCCCUGGGGACUCGGUUCAGGACUUUGAAGAAGCAUGUUAUUUGCUCAUGAAGCGUGGAGUGUUGCAGGUAUUGGAGCAUGAAAUUGUGAUGUCAGCAAGCGGUCAAAGCACCCUCACUUUCCUGUGUUCGGUUCUGGACCCCUUCCUGCAGGGAUACCAGGUGGUGUGCCGCUACCUGUGUGAGGAGACUAAUGAGAACCUGACAGAGAAGGAGUUUAUUCUUGCUGUGAGGAAUUUCGCACUGAAACUCAUCUUAGCAGGCCGUCUGAAGUGUUAUGAAGCUUUAUCUUCAGACCUGCAGAAGAACGCUCUGGCAGCCCUUCUGAGGCUCAAAGCUGUGAGGAAAGUCAAAGUAGGAGAUCAGGUGACGCUGAAGGUAAACAAGAUUGCAGUGAACUCAUUGGAGGAUACGCUGGGAGGUAACAUUCCUACCCAGAAGCCCAUCCUCGCUCGACUGUAGUCAUAUACGCACACGUGGAGUCUCUGGAGGGCCAAACCAAACUAAACUGCCUUCAUUAACAUAAUGCCAAAUUUUGCAAGGUGGCAUGGCUUCGCAGACUACAAAGGUUACCUGUCAUCGAGCUUUAAAGGGACGUCACGGGUUUGCCAUCUGGGACGCCCACGCUAAGCUAAAAGCACUCUUUUUAUCUCUUUCCCUCUUCGACAAACUUGACAGCAGGUUGCCGUGUCUGCGAUCGGCCUUCGAUCUUCUCCGUGUCUUUAUCAGACGAGUUUAAAAACUGCUCUGAUGUUGCCAAGUAUAUGAAGACAGUGACACUUUUGAUUUUUUUGCGUUUGAACAUCCUGUUACAACUGUUUGCGUGUGUUUUAUCUAUGUCUGCACUAAAGAGCCUUUGCUUUGAUUCGAAACACUGUUACUGUUUGUUCUCACUGGAUUUGUGUUGGGACUGUUAUCUUUUCUUCGUGGCUUGUCUGGUAUAUUCUUUUGCUCUCUAGAUAUGGCCGUCUGUUGUGUUUGCCACGGAUCAAGGUUUUUAGGGAUCGUGUUACAAAAAUAGGUCACUUGAAAAUGUGUUAACUCCUUCAGAGCUAAAGAAAAAAAUAUCUUUUUGUAAGUAUCUGGUCUCAUAAAGGAAAUGUGUAGUUAAAGGAACAGUUCACUCAAAAAUAAAAAUUUGCUUUUACUCACCCUUAUCCCAUCGAAGAUGUAGAUGAGUUUGUUUCUUCAUCAGAUUUGGAGAAAUGCAGCAUUAUAUCACUUGCUCACCAAUGGAUUCUUUACAGUGAAUGGGUGCCGUCAGAAUGAGAGUCCAAACAGCUAAUAAAAAAAUCACAAGUAAUUCACAACACUCUAGUCUGUCAAUUAACAAAUAAACAAAUCUAUCAUUAAGAUGUUUUUAGCUUCAAACCAUUGCAUCCAUAUUAUUGUUUUCUCUAGUGGACGCCUACUAUAGGUAAAACGCCCUAAUGAUGGAUUUGUUUCUUAUAAACGCACAGCUUUUCACUUCACAAGACAUUAAUUGAUGGACUGGAGUGGAGUGGAUUACUUGUGAAUUAUUGUGAUGUUUUUAUCAGCUGUUUGGACUCUCACUCUGACGGCACCCAUUCACUGCAGAGGAUCUGUUAGUGAGCAAGUGAUGUAAUGCUACAUUUCUUCACAUCUGUUGAAGAAACAAACUCAUUUACAUCUGAAGGUGUGUACAAUUAUAGCUAAUUUUUAUUUUUCAGUCAGCUUCCCAUUGAUUAACAAAAAUAUGAGCCAAAUAUGGAGAUAUUUUAUUUGCCAAAAAAGUGUUUACAUGCCUCUGGUGAACUGCAGCUGUUCUGCUACAAAAUAAUACAUAAUGAAGCAUACUGUGUUGUUUGGAUAUUUCACCCUGUCUUUCAAUAAUUAAUAUAGUGAAAUAUUUUUAUUAUUAGAAAUGAUCAGACGAUACAGAGGCAUGUCGCACGAAGCUGCUGAAUCUCUGUUCGCUUUGUUUAACGUCCAUGUAAUGUUUUAUUUCCAAAGCAUUAUAUCCAUUUUUCAGACUUAAUCAGUUAAGGAUUAAGUCAUGCUGAUCCAGAUAUUAAUAUUAGACAAAAUUAAGCUUUUAAAGUUUUGAAAUUAAUGCCGUGUCAGUUUUGGUUUCCUGUGUUUUUUGAUUUUUCACACUGCAGCCUAAAACUGAACUUCAAAGGUUAGAUACAUUUAUAUCCUGCACUUUUUCUAGAAAAAAAAAAAAAAAAACUAAAA